AUGGAAAGAGAACUUGUACUUUAUCAAGAACAGUUACCUGUGCUUGUUUAUCGUGGUCAGCGGCUUUCGAAAGACGAAUGGAAACAUUUUUUUGAAGCAAAAAAUCAUUAUAUUUCAAUGAAUUCCUUUCUUUCAACUAGCCUUGAAUCGAGUGUUGCCGAACUUUACAUUAAUGGAAAUAAUCUUGAUGAUGAAGUAAAUGUAUUAUUUGAAAUUUAUGCUGAUCCGAAACUUAUCGGUGGUGUACAACCCUUUGCUGAUGUAUCAAGAUUUAGUCAAUUUCCAGAAGAAAAAGAAAUACUCUUCAUGGCUGGAAGUAUUUUUCACAUUACGGAUGUGAUUAGUGGAGACUCAUUCUCAACAAUACAAAUGAAGCUUUGUAGUAAAGAGGAGAAUGAUUUGAAACCACUUUUUGAGACAUUACGCAAUGAAUACGGUGGGGAACAAGUAGGAAAAGAUAAAGAAGCAAGUUUGAACUCGUUUGGUACUGUUCUAUUUAAUAUGAAUAGAUUUGAUAUAGCAGACAGAUUUUUUCGUCGAAUUUAUCAUGAAAGUUCUAAUGAUGAUUCAAAUCGGGCUCGCUACUGUCUAAAUAUCGGCAAUGUGGCUUUACAUACAGGUCGAUAUGAAGAAAGUGCUGUCUGACCUCGUGACCUAUUUAAAGACUAUAAUGAAGAACUUGAAAUAGAUUUAAAAAAUAUUCUAUAUGGAGACAAUGAUUUGCAAAAGAGAAAAGGUCUAAAUUCAAAAAUUGCCAAGGAAAAGGAUGAAAGAAAACUAACAGAUGCACUUAAUCAAGUUAGAUAUUGUCUACAACCAGCUGUUCGUUCUUUAAUAACUGUAUUCAAUUUAAAUUCGGCUACUGAUUUAUCAGAUCAAAUUUUUGAAACAUUAGAAAUAUCAAGAGACAAUGGAGAAAAACGAAACAGUAAACAAAAUAAUAAUACAUUUAAUUCAAAUAGAAAAAAAAAGAACUUUAUGAUUGUAGAACCAGUAUCAUUUCUUGAAUUAGCAAUGGAUUGGGAUUGUAUUCAUGUAGCAAAAGAAUUUGUUCUAAAAGAUUCAUUAGCAAAUAUUCCGAAUCUAGAAGAAGCAUUUAUAAGGGCUUUAGAUAAAAAUUUACCGGCAUUUGUCUAUGAAUUUCUGAGAUUAGGAAUCGAACCGGCUGAAGUAUUGUUUCCACCAAUAAAACUUUCUUCGGGACAAUGUCGAUAUAAAAAAGUUUCUGGAAAGUGUUUAUCACGAGGAUGUAGUGAUAAAUAUGAUGAUCAUGAUAUAAAUCGAGCUUGUAAUAUUGUUUUACAACAAAAUGAACUUUAUGGAUAUGUUACUUGUCUUCAAGUUGCUUCGAAUGCGAAUGAUAAAUUAUUUAUUUCAGCACCAUCUUGUAUAGAAGCUAUGAUAAAUGUUUUGUAUGAUACACUUUAUCCAGAACAAACAAGUAAAACGAAUCGAUUAUCUCUGUUUAUUGGUUUUAUUUCUCUUGGUAUUUUGGCUCCUGAACUUGUUCAAUAUCGGGAAAUGGAAAUGGAUAAAGAAAUUGGUGAAUCUCUUAAACCAACUUUGGAACCACAUGGUAUAAAUUAUUCUGAUCCAUAUCCACUUGAAUAUCCUCGUCGUAUUAAAGUUAUGCCUGUAUUAAGUCGAUAUAUAUGUCGAUCAGAAAACUUUCAUUUAUGUGUAUUGACGAAAUACUUUUAUCAUUUUGCAUGUAUAUAG